AUGUCCAAGCGCCGGUCCUCAACCGGCCUGCCCCCAAAUUUCCGAUACCCACUGAUUACUCCCGACAACGAGCGCGACUCCUUCAUCGACUAUGACGCCUACGACGGCGACGCUGGCCGUUCGCGCGACCACAUGAUCCAUCCAACCUACCAACCACGCGACCUCAGCCCCGCGCCACAGAUUGUGCGAGUCGCCAAGCAGCCCGAGAUGAUAAGAAAGCAAUCGAUGCGCCCGUUCUCCGGCGACUGGGGCACAUUCGAGCAAGUUGCAGGCGCGGGCAACGACCCAAACUCAAAACUCCCAGGCUCAUUUCAAGACACAGACGCAGAGGACGAUGGCAUCAUGGGACCCGAGGUUUUCGAAGCUGUCCCACGCAAUAAUGUCUAUUCGCGCUCCGCUGAGAUCGCCGCCGCCGACUUGUACUCGGACGAGUCCGACGAGAAUCUGGAUUUCGGGCAUGAUGAGCCUCUCGUUUUCCCGCAGCUUCCAUUAGAGGAUGUUAUUCUCGAGAUUUCUUAUAUCUUGCGCACGAGAUCGAAUCCGCCCAGUGAGGGGUACGCGUAUGUGUUUUCGGACCCCACCGGGCGCAAUAAGUUCUAUCAGAUCGGGAGCGCGAAGAAGGUUUCGCAGCGGACGAACGAGCAUCGCAAUAUCUGCAAUCUCUCUUACUUCCGGGCGCAGAAAAAGCCCGCUAGCCCUCUUCGGCAGUAUAAACGGCUCGAAAAGCUGGCCCAGGCGGAGCUUAUCAAUAUGAGUUAUGAUCCUAACUGUGUCUGUGAGGCAAAGCAGCAGCAGUGCUUUUGGGGAAGAGAGCAGACGGCUUUUGAUAUUCUGGAUUUCUGGUCCAAGUGGCUUGUCAAGAACUCCCCUUACGAUAAGAAUGGCCAUAUACUGCCAUUUUGGGAGCAACGACUUCGACUCUUCGAAGCCAACAUCCCAGAAUACUUCGAUUGCCAGGGGUCGAAAUGUAUCAAGCGCACAACGGACACGGUUGCUUGCCCGAUAUGUAUCCGAGCCGGAUGGAGAGCAUGGGCCGAGCCCUCAGGGCGCGAUAGAAUUGAAUUCGCCUCUCAGGCGCAGAUCGGAAAUACCUGGGCUAACAAAGCCCUACUUUACCUGCACCAAUACAUUCCCAUCGAGGAUCACGUUUGGGAGAAAUUGAUUGACGGCAUGUCUCAGGCGGCAACUAUGACCGAGCGGUUCAAGAACCCGGCGUUGCUUCUCAAUCUGCUGUACAUCAGGCUUCUCUUACCCAUGAUCUGGUCUACAUUCUUCACUAGGAGCUCCUAUAUAUCCUUCCUUGGGACGAUGGAAAUCCUGCUCUUUUCCGGCUUCUAUCUACUCGUGAGGCUGGAGCUUGCCCAUCUCUCCGGGAAACGACGUACCACAGAUAAACUAGGCAAAGACAGUCGUGCGGUGCGCCGGAAGGCACUCCCAUCUACUUCAGAAAGGCUCGUUGAUGAAGUGAUCGGAGGGAAAUCUACAAAGGAGCCGAGGGUUGUUGAGAUACCGGAGGACCACGUGCCGACCAUGCUGAAGCAAGCGACAGCAUCGAGUUCGGGCAAACCCUCCAGCAAGAAAAAGGAACCGGUGUCAGUGCUGUUUCCUGGCGAAGCUUCUGCGCGGCCGAAGAGGCUUAAGCCUGGCAGACGGAGAAGCGAUUUUGUUUGA